AUGUCCCGUUUGGGGAUGAAGAGACAGACUGGAUGGGUUGGUGUGUGCUCGUGGAGCAGAGAGAAAGGGGGAAUACACUUCUGCCUUAAAUUGGUCUGAGUCCUUGUCUCGGACGACCCAACUCUGUGAUUAGUACGCAUCAUGGCUAAGCUGGUGGAGUGUGUGCCCAACUUCUCCGAGGGCCGGAACAAAAAGGUGAUUGAUGCCAUAGCAGAGGCCAUCUCUAGCACGGAGGGAUGCAGUCUGCUCGACGUGGACCCUGGAUCCUCCACCAACCGUACAGUCUACACCUUCGUAGGCUCGCCACAGGCUGUGGUGGAGGGUGCACUGAACGCUGCACGCACUGCCUUCCCACUCAUUGAUAUGACCAAACACUCAGGGGAGCAUCCACGGAUUGGCGCCAUGGACGUGUGUCCCUUCAUCCCUGUCCAGAAUGUCACUAUGGAGGACUGUGUCAACUGUGCCAACAUUUUUGCCCAGCACUUAACAGAUGUGCUGCAUGUACCUGAAAGCCACACAAAGGUGAAUAAGACACAUUGUCGUUUCUCCAAAGUGUAUCUUUAUGGAGAAGCAGCGAGGAAGGAGAACAAGAGAUCUCUUCCCUCUGUCCGGGCAGGGGAGUAUGAGGCCUUGUCUGAGAAAUUGAAGAGGACAGAGUGGGCUCCUGACUAUGGCCCUGCCGCCUUCGUGCCCUCCUGGGGAGCUACAGUAGCAGGCGCUCGCAAAUUCCUGGUUGCCUACAACAUAAACCUCCUCAGCACCAAGGAACAAGCCCAUCGGAUCGCACUAGAUAUCCGGGAACAGGGCAGAAGCAAAGACCAGCCGGGUCGGCUGAAGAAGGUGCAGGGAAUGGGCUGGUACCUGGAAGAGGCGAACAUAGCCCAGGUGUCCACCAACAUCCUGGACUUUGAGCUGACGCCCGUCCACGCUGUUUACGAAGAGGUCUGCAGUGCUGCCAAGGACCUGAACCUGCCAGUGGUGGGCUCUCAGAUUGUAGGCAUCAUGCCUCUGAGAGCCGUGCUGGACUGUGCUGACUUCUACAUCCAGAGAGACAGGCUCUUCAUUGUGGAGGAGGAGCACAAGGUCCGUCUGGUCAUCAGUAAACUUGGGCUUGAUUCACUUGGGCCUUUCGUCGCCAAAGAGAAAAUCAUAGAGUACAUGGUGGAGAGGACUGAGGAGGACAAGCGUCUGGUGUCUCUGUCUCUGCAGCAGUUUGUCCGCAGCGUGGGAGCCAGAACCGCUGCUCCAGGAGGAGGGUCAGUCUCUGCUGCCGUCGCUGCAAUGGGGGCUGCUCUGGGAGCCAUGGUGGGUCAGAUGACCUACGGGAAGAGGCAGUUUGACAGCCUGGACAGCAUCAUGAGGAGACUCAUCCCUCCCUUCCAUCAGGCCAUGAAUGAACUGCUGGUCAUGGUAGACGCAGACUCCAAGGCAUUCAGUCGCUACAUGGCUGCAUUGAAGAUGCCAAGAAACACAUCAGAUGAAGACAAAAGGAGGGAAGAUGCCAUGCAGGAGGGUCUGAAGCAAGCCGUGGCGGUCCCACUGUCUCUGGCGGAACGAGUCAACCUGCUGUGGCCUUGUCUAAAGGAAAUGGUGCUCUACGGAAACGUGGCCUGCAAGUCUGACCUCCAGGUAGCAGCUAAAGCCCUGGAAACGGCAGUGUUUGGAGCCUACUACAACGUUGCGAUCAACCUCAAGGGUAUCGCAGAUGAGUCCUUCAAAGUGUCUACUCAACAGAGAGCAUCAGCUCUGCUUACUGAGGCCAGGGAGAGUGCUAAUGCAGUCCUGGAUGCUGCAGAGAGAAAAGAGUGAAGAAGUUACCACAUUACUAAAGCAUCACCCACUGCCUGCCUAAGCCUCAAACCAGGCUUUCAAAACCAUCAAUUCUCAUAACACUUUACAAAAUAAAAUGGGUUCACAUCAAUAAAUGCUCGAUCAACUACUCCUCAA